AUGUCCGUCGUCGCGAGCACCGCCGCGUCCGUCGUCGCGCCCGCGGCGCCGUCGUUCGUCGGGUUACGGCGCGUCAAGGGACCGGGCGCGCUGUCGCGCGAUGUCGAGGCUCACCCUUCCGUGACGCUCGCGACCUCCGUCCGCGGCGCGCGCGCCUCGCGCGGCGCGUCCUCCCGCUGCGUCGCGACGAUGGCGGGCACGGGCAAAUUCGUCGUCGGCGGAAACUGGAAGUGCAACGGGAACACCGCGUCCAUCACGCAGCUCGUGAAGGACUUGAACAAGGGCGAGAUCGACGCGGACGUGGACGUGAUCGUCGCCCCGCCGAUGCUGUACCUGCCCAAGGUCCAGAGCACGAUCGACCGCCAGUUCAAGCUCUCCGCGCAAAACUGCUGGGUGAGCGAAGGCGGCGCGUUCACCGGCGAGGUGAGCGCGGAGAUGUUGGCGGACGCGAACGUGCCUUGGGUCAUUCUGGGGCACUCCGAACGCCGCGCGCUGUGCGGCGAGAGCGACGAGUUCGUCGGCAAGAAGGUGGCGUACGCCAUCAAGAACGGGCUCUCCGUCAUGGCGUGCAUCGGCGAGACGCUCCAGGAGCGCGAGAGCGGCGCGACGCAAGACGUCUGCCGCAGGCAGCUCCAGGCGAUCGUGAACGAGCUCUCCGCGGGCGAUUGGGAGAAGGUCGUCAUCGCGUACGAGCCGGUGUGGGCGAUCGGCACCGGGAAGGUCGCGACGCCGGAGCAGGCGCAGGAGACGCACGCGGGGAUCCGCGCGUUCAUGGCGUCCGCGGUGUCCCAAGACGUCGCGUCGAAGGUGCGGAUUCAAUACGGCGGCAGCGUCAACGGGCAACUGCAAGAGCUGGCCAAGCAGGAGGACAUCGACGGGUUCCUCGUCGGCGGCGCGUCGCUGAUCGGGGACGCGUUCAUCACGAUCUGCAACAGCGCGAAGUAUAACACGUACUGAGUCGGUCGAUGAGAGGAGGAAGGAAGGAGUAUUACCUGUACCUGAUGUAUCCGCGUGUUGGGUUGGUGGUUGCCUGUGUGUGUGCGCGCGCGCGCGUUGAAGCGAUAACAUAGUGGACUAAUGUUAUGACGAACACGCGAUCUCGCGAAAGGAACAAGACGCAAACGAGAGCGCGCGCGGCGCGGGCGCGGACGCGACGAUGACCGUCGCGCGCCGUAGCGCGGUCGAGUCGUCGUCGAUUAAAACGAACGGCCGCGUCGGCCUCGAAAG